AUGGAGGACGCCAAGAUGGGGAACGCCGCCACCAUCCGCGCGGUGCUUGCCAUCCUCCAGUGGUGGGGAUUCAACGUCACCGUCAUCAUCAUCAACAAGUGGAUCUUCCAGAAACUGGAGUUCAAGUUCCCUCUGACGGUGUCGUGCGUCCACUUCAUAUGCUCUUCUAUCGGAGCCUACAUCGCAAUCAAAGUUCUAAAAACAAAGCCGCUGAUUGAGGUUGCCUCUGAGGAUCUAUGGAGAAGGAUAUUCCCAAUGUCAUUCGUGUUCUGCAUAAACAUUGUGCUGGGGAAUGUGAGCCUGCGGUACAUCCCAGUCUCCUUCAUGCAGACCAUAAAGUCUUUCACCCCUGCAACCACAGUGAUUCUUCAGUGGUUGGUGUGGAGGAAAUACUUCGAAUGGCGCAUCUGGGCUUCUUUGGUCCCUAUUGUGGGAGGCAUUCUUCUGACUUCUGUAACGGAGCUGAGCUUCAACACGUUUGGCUUCUGCGCCGCCAUGGUGGGCUGCCUGGCGACAUCCACAAAGACCAUCUUGGCAGAGUCGCUGCUCCAUGGAUACAAAUUCGACAGCAUCAACACGGUGUACUACAUGGCUCCCUUUGCGACGAUGAUCCUGUCAGUGCCGGCCAUGGUGCUGGAGGGCAGCGGCGUGGUGAGCUGGCUCUACACGUACGAGUCGGUGGGGCCAGCGCUGGCGAUCAUCGUCACGUCGGGGGUGCUGGCCUUCUGCCUCAACUUCUCCAUCUUCUACGUGAUCCACUCGACGACGGCCGUGACGUUCAACGUGGCCGGCAACCUCAAGGUGGCCGUGGCGGUGCUGGUGUCGUGGAUGAUCUUCCGGAACCCCAUCUCGGCCAUGAACGCCGUCGGCUGCGCCGUCACGCUCGUCGGCUGCACCUUCUACGGCUACGUCAGGCACCUCAUCUCGCAGCAUCAGGCCGCCGUGGCGACCGGCGGCGGCGGCCCGCGUACGCCCAGAGGCCGCUUGGAGAUGCUGCCGCUCACCGCCGAGAAGCAAGGCGACAAGAUAUAG